ACCGACCAGACGGAGAGUUCAAGCGCUCUCUGGAUAAUUUACAUUUUACUUUUUAUGUAAAAAUAAUUUGUCAACCCCUGCUCCUGAAAUAACGGAAAUUAAAACUAUUAAUUUAAAAUAUUUGUAUUUUUUUAAUUAAUAAGGAUUAAAAAAAAUCUUAUUUUUAAAUUAUCCGUUCUUCAACAAUGACUUCAAGCAGCGAGGCACUGGAAAUAACUGGCAAUGAGUUGGUCCACAUACUCAGGACCCCCCAAGACCAGUACACCUCUGGCGGAUGUGUGGUACUGGACUGUAGACCCUUCCUCGAUUUCUCUAUGGCGCAUAUUUGCGAGUCCCGAAACGUCAACUGGAACUCAAUGCUGCGUCGUAGAUCCAAGAGUUCAGUGGUGGCCCUGGAGUGGCUCAUCCCGGACAAGACGCUCCUAGGCCGGCUCCGGUUCGGGGGGUUCUCCCCGGUGGUGGUGGUAGAUGAGAGAAGCUGCUCGCUGGCCGAUCUGAAGUCAGAGAGCGUGGCCCAGAUGCUGCUCACCGCCCUGCAGAACGAGGUGCAGACGCAGAUCUGCUUUCUGCAAGGUGGAUUUGAAGGAUUUUCAGAAGCUUUUCCAGAGCUUUGUUACAGUUCUGCCAGCAAUUACCUCUCUACAACAGAACCAGAAUCACCAGGGACAGGCCGGUUAACUCCAGCAUAUGAUCGGGAUGGUCCAGUGGAGCUGCUGCCCUUCCUGUAUUUGGGUAGUGCCAUCCACUCCUCCCGCAGAGAGACACUUGCAGCUGCAGGAAUCACAGCUGUGCUUAACGUGUCCUCCACCUGCCCCAACUUCUAUGAGGGGGAGCUUCAGUAUCUGCGACUAACUGUGGAGGAUACUCUGGCUGCAGAUAUCAGAGCCUGCUUUAAUACAGCCAUUACCUUCAUUGACUCAGUGAAGCAGAGUGGCGGUCGAGUGCUGGUGCAUUGUCAGGCAGGCAUCUCCCGCUCAGCCACCAUCUGUCUGGCCUACCUCAUGCACACGCAGCGUGUCCGGCUGGAUGAGGCCUUUGACUUUGUGAAGCAGCGGCGGCACAUCAUCUCCCCCAAUCUGGCUUUCAUGGGACAGCUGCUGCAGUUUGAGACUGACAUUCUCUGUCAGGGAUGAAGACCAAAUGUAUUAAAGGAAUUUACUUGGUCAGCUUUCUCCCUCAACGGCUUUGUGCCGAACUCAGAGUAUUAUCAGGACUGAAAUUAAUUGUGCAAAUGUUCUGUUUGCAUUAUUGAAACUAGAACAUCUCAGAAGGGUAUAUUAUGGAUUCAGUGCUGCUGGUAUUACAUGGACUGCUUCUUUAAGUAGACAGAAAAAUGUGUUGCUAAAGCAACAAACAGCAUUUGGCAAAACUAACUCUCCCUGUAAUAACCACAUUAUGAAAAACUGAUUCUGAGCCAGCAAGUUAGAGCAGCUACAAAGUAAUUUCCCUAAAGUUCUUCACUUGAGGGAAAACUUGGUUCCACACAUUUUUGAGUGUAUAUAUUUUUACUCAUAUGCCUGUUCAUUUAUAAGGGCUGUUUUAUAUACAGAAGCUAUUCACUGUUGCAGCUACUGUGACAUGACAUCAACACUGUGUAUAGGUACUGAAAGCAAUAAUGAAUGAAUCUCAAGUUUUAGCGUUGAAUUUAUUUUAAAAAUGCACUAAGAUUGGGUGUUUAAUCAAUCUAUAUGUGAGGUAGAUUGCACUCAAGCUGGAAUAGGUUGUUUUAUUAUGUAAAUAAGAUUUUUAUUUAUUAUUUCAACAUUUGAUCUGACAGUUUUACUGUUAUGGAUGUCUGUUACUGCACUUUACACUUGCAGGUUUGUCCUGUUUCUGCUGUUUUUCCACUGAAAUAAAACUUGCCAGAGAACACA